GCAAAUUGUAGAUAUGGAAAUGUUCUAUUACAAUGAAACUACAAAAUUUUGUUGACUCCCAUUCCAUAAAUUAGAUAACGACAUUAUCCAGCAAGCUAGAUAGAAAUGGACUUUCAGUCAACAACAAAACACUUACACAAAGAGCAAUCUUUCUCCAUGAAACAGAGGAAGAUAACCUUUCAUCAUCUAAUUCACAAUUAUCAUCGCCUCAAUCACCUUCAAUCAUUACAAUCCUCAAACAUAAAGCAAAAAUCUGAAUCCCAACUCUCCGUUUCAACUCCGGCCAAAGCCAUAAGAGCCCCCCGUUUCAAUUCCGGCCAAACCCCUCUGUUCUCUGCCUCCCUCAAUACCUUUUCCAUAAUUAGAUAAUAUAAUCAGAUGGAUUCAAUCAUCGAUAAGGAGAGGCAGGAGAAGGAGAAUUCAGAAGAGGAUAAGGCCACAAGAAGAAAAAGGAAGUUUACAUGUUUGAUGAUCUUUUUCAUUGCUCUGUUUUUCGUUAUAAUCGUUUCAGUCAUCUCAGUUUUUGUAGCCAUCAAGAAAGAUUUAGAUGCCGAAUCACUUUCAGCUUCACACCCAAAGGAGCACAUCAGAACCAUCUGUGAACUAACCACGUUUCCCAAUUCAUGUUUCAAACCCAUAUCGAAACUCCAAUCGAAUUACUUGACCAAAUCCAGAAAAACAAACCCGACUGCCAUUUUCAUGUUCUUCCAUCAGGCUGCUUUUGAUCAGCUUAACAUCGCCAUUUCACGGAGUGGAUAUGAAUACUCAAAUAUUCUAACUCUUGAAGAAGACUCAGCGGUCGAGUCAGCAAGUUUGAAACUUUGUAAUAUUUUGAUUUGGGAUUCAUUGACACAAGUAAACAUGUCUAUGGCGUUGUUGGAAGCUGAUUACUCUGUAAAUGAAAUGUUCAGAUUAAGGAAGAUAAAAGUUGAUUUGGAAAGAUUGAUUGUGAAUGCUACGGAUAAUAUGAACGCCUGUUCGAGAUUGGAGUAUGUUUCUGAAGAAUUAAGGAUGAAGAUAUCUGAUUCAGUGGAGUAUUUGAAUAAUUGCGAAGAGAUUCUCAGGAAGAUGGACAGAGUUAUUGAGAUGUUCAACCCACCUCUGUUUCCGGGUGUUUUUGUUUUCGGUUAUGAAAGUGUGAGUAUGUUGAUCGUGUUUUAUGGCUCCCCAUAUCUGUUCUUGCUUUUUCUUCUUUAUAAAUUAAUUAGAAUGCUGAAAUGAUGUUGAAGAACACUGUCCUUCAUGAUGGAGUAGUUUUUUUGCUUUUAUCUUUUUUCGUGAUUUUCGAUUUCCAGAAAAUUUUUAUCUAUUUAAUUUUUUUUUUUUUUUGGAGAUGAAAGUUGGUUUUCAUUUCAUUAAUUGUUGUUGAUUAAGUAUGAUCUCAGAUUUCCUCAAGAGUUCUAUACAACACGAAUAUCUACUAGUUACAACUAUACAUCUAUAGAAAAAGAAUAAAUAUUCACUAUUCAUUUGAAUUGGGGGAGAUUUUAUCAAAUAUGUUCUUUGUUAGUAUUUUUCAUUUUAGAAAUUUUGGCAAGAGUGAUUCAUGUAGAAUGAAAUACUAUGAAUCACCUAUGCUUUAAAUAUAUAUAUAUAUAUAUAUAUAUU